GAUGACUCCUAGUGACUGACUACAAGCUGCAACUCUACAAGAAAAAAACAAAACACUUUGAACUUCUGCGAACCUGCGCAGGAAAACUGCAACAAUGGCAAACGCACAAGAUGCACCAUCGGGCGACCUGCCUUCCAAAAUCCUCAAGGCACUCUCCCAGCAAGAGCCGAUACUUUCUGCAGACACAUUCCCCUCAUACAAAUCGACCGAAUUGAAAGGCGCAUUAGACCGCUUAGCCUCGAGGUCGAUGGUAACGUACGAGACAAUUGACAGAGAAGAGGCCGUUCUGGAAGCUGAGGCUCUCGAAAUCGCAGCGAAUGGUAGCCACGAAGCGCGGGUCUUCGAGGCAUUGCGAACAGCUGUUGCUGGCCUUACGGUUUCCGAACUCGAGGCGGUAGUUGGCGAUAAGAAUGUUGUAAAAGUCGGCCAGGGCAAAGCAUUCAAGUCCAAGUGGAUUGCCAAAGGCAAGGAGGGGCGUCUGGUUGCUUCAGUGAGUCCAAAUUACCCCUCAACCCCUCAUUAUACGAUAAGAUACUGAUCAAACACACAGACCGAUUCCAUACAAGAUACCACUCGCGAGCAAUUAAAAAUCAUUCAAGAAACACAAACCCAUCCAGACCCAAAGAUUAUCGCAGAUUUGAAAAAGAGAAAACUGGUCAAGAUGCAGAAGAUCAUUCAUUUCAAGAUUGUCAAGGGUCCUAAGUUCGCGCUUGAGAUCACCAAGGAAGAAACAGAUUUGACUGCGGACAUGCUGUCUUCGUAAGUAUACACAUUUAUUUUGAUCAUUCAGCGCCUUACUAACGAUGACAGGGGUGCAUGGAAAACCGCAGCUUUCAAGCCAUACAAUUUCAAAUCGCUAGGAGCCGAUCAGAACGCAGGAGCUUUGCACCCACUUAACAAGGUCCGACACGAGUUCCGCCAAAUUUUCUUUGAGAUGGGAUUCGAAGAGAUGCCAACGAACCGAUAUGUUGAGACGGGCUUCUGGAAUUUUGAUGCUCUCUUCGUUCCACAACAACAUCCUGCCCGUGACCUCCAAGAUACUUUCUACAUAUCAGACCCAAAGACGGCAGACAAGCCACAUGCAGAAUCAGAGGAUGACAGGGGCGACUAUGAAUCAUAUUGGAAGAAUGUUCAGGAGGUACAUCAAGAGGGGAAGUACGGAUCAAUAGGUUACAGAUACCCUUGGGCUGAAGAUGAGUCCUUGCGGUUGGUUCUCCGAACACAUACCACCGCCAUCUCGACAGCAAUGCUUCAUAAAUUGGCAUCUAAGAAGGGUCCGGAUGGAAGACCACCACCAGCUCGUUACUUCUCUAUUGACCGUGUCUUCCGCAAUGAAACUGUUGAUGCAACACAUCUGGCAGAAUUCCACCAGGUUGAAGGUGUUAUUGCCGAUUAUGGUUUGUCUUUAGGUGGGCUCAUGGAGUUUAUGGAAAUCUUCUUCCACAAGAUGGGCAUCGAGGAUUUGCGAUUCAAGCCAGCAUACAACCCAUACACCGAGCCCAGUAUGGAAAUUUUCAGUUUCCAUAAGGGGCUGGACAAGCUCGUGGAGAUUGGAAAUAGUGGUAUGUUUAGGCCGGAAAUGUUGGAGGCGAUGGGGUUGCCAAAAGACAUGCGGGUCUUUGGUUGGGGCUUGAGUCUGGAAAGACCAACUAUGAUCAAAUAUAAGGUACGUGCUGCUUUUCUACUCAUUUACGAGACUUCUAACAUAGGUUUAAGGUCAAUAACAUUCGUGAACUGCUGGGACAUAAGGUAGACCUGUCUUUCAUUGAGAGAAAUCCGGCUGUAAGAUUGGAGAAGUCGUAGACGGAGGAAAAACUAGAUGAAAUAGUGAGAUUCUAAUUUGGGCCCAUCAUCUUCAAGAGCCACAAGUGGAAGUAUCCCGAUUUGAUGGCUAUCUUUUGAUGCAUGACAGAGUCUACCUUGCGAAGUUAUUCAGGUAAAGCAUGAAAAACACUCGUUGUUUUAGAGUCGUUGUCAUUUAUACGAGUUGCGAGAAAAUGAAAUUGACGUGGUUUGCCGUGGUUCCGGUCUGAGAACUUUGAGCUCCGCGGAUCGCUUACCAUAGAUCAAGGUC